CUCUGUUCUGCUGUGAGCCUUCUUCAUUUCUAGCAGAUAGUUGUGUAUUUUAGCUGGCAUUUUCUGUCUCCUUUAAAACAAAUCCAGUGUCUUAGAUAUGUCUAACAAAGGUUUUACUUCAAGAAGCCUAGUCCAGAGCUAUUCUGGAGGGGGUUCUCUUGCAGGAAGUAGAGGAACCCGUAUUAGCACUGUUGGACCUUCCCGCAUAGGAGGCAUGAGUGCUGGAAGUGUCUAUGGAGGAUCUGGAGGUUUAGGCACCCGCAUUUCUCAAUCAAAGAUUACUAGUGUGGGUUCAAGCCUUGGAGCACUCAGGGGUCCUACCUAUGGAGGGGAUGCAGUCUAUGGUGAGGCCAUCAUGGUUAAUGAAAAAGAGACAAUGAAGAACCUGAAUGAUCGUUUGGCUGCAUAUUUGGAAAAGGUGCGUAUCUUGGAAGCGGGCAACCACCAGCUGGAAAAGAAAAUCAGAGAAUAUUAUGAGAAGAAAUCCCCUGUCGCUGAGAAGGACAUGAGUGGCUACUUUGCUACUAUCAAUGAACUCAGAGACAAAAUUUCUGCCGCUUCCAUCGAUAAUGCUAGACUGGUACUGCAGAUCGACAAUGCCAAGCUUGCUGCUGAUGAUUUCAGAAUCAAGUAUGAGAAUGAACUUGCUCUCCGGCAGGGUGUUGAAAUGGACAUCAAUGGCCUGAAAAAAGUAUUGGAUGAACUGACCUUAGCCCGAACUGACCUUGAGCUCCAAAUUGAAAGCUUGAAGGAGGAGUUGAUCUUCCUCAAGAAGACACAUGAAGAAGAAAUGAACAGCCUGCAUGGUCAAGUGACUGGUGCUGUGAAUGUUGAAGUAGACUCUGCCCCACCUGUUGACCUUUCUAAAAUCAUCGCGGAGAUUAGAGAAAAGUAUGAAACCAUGAUUGAAAAGAACCGUCAAGAAAUGGAAAAGUGGCACAAAGAACAGUUUGAUGCUCUGAACAAGGAAGUUGCUACUAGCACCGAAGCUAUUCAGUCAUCUAAGACAGAAAUGACAGAGCUGAGACGCACAAUCCAAGGCUUGGAGAUUGAACUACAGUCACUUCUAAGCAUGAAACAAGCUUUGGAAGGCACAUUAGCGGAUACAGAAGGUCGCUAUGCUAAUCAGUUAAGACAGUACCAAGACAUGAUUAGCAGACUGGAGCUGGAGCUACAGGACGUUCGUAAUGACAUUGAGCGCCAAGGCCAAGAAUAUACUAUUCUACUUAAUGUGAAGACCAGACUAGAACAAGAAAUUGCUGAAUAUCGCCGCCUCCUAGAAGGAGAAGAUGUCAGACUUGCAGAUAAAAGCACAGAGUCCAGUAAAGUUGUUACAGUAGCAGAGCCUCCCAAAAAGGAAGCUGUCAAAGAACCAGUCGUCACUACCACAAGAAAGGUGAAGACCAUUGUAGAGGAAGUAGUCAAUGGAAAAGUUGUUUCUACCCGUGAAGAAAUAGUAGAACAGAAAAUCUAAGCAGACAUAGUGAACUGUAACCACAUUUUCUUCAAUUUCAUAAUGAUAACAAUGUUUCAUCUCUGUAGAAGACUGGUUGCUACAUGCUUUUAUUAUGUGAUUCUUUCUUCUUCUUUUGUGGUUUUGUUAAUAAAUAAAUAAUAACUGCUAUCACAA